CCGUUCUACUGUUAUUACGGCUAAAAAACUGACGAUCUAAAAAUAACAAGCAUAUACUAUCUAUUCGAUAAUAUUAUAUGAGUACACGUAGAUAUAUCAAGAAAUAAUUUACUACAAAUAUUUUUUAAAGACUUACAAAUUAUUUAUAUACAGGGACACUGGAAGCGUAUAGCGAUCCCUUUAAGGGGUGUUAGUGGGGGUCAUUAGCUGUCAAACUGCAUAAGGUUAUAUGGGCAAUAAUUUACCGAUUUCGAAAAAAAGAGGCUUUUCUCCCUUUUUUAAGAAUUAUAUGGGUUACUCUACUUCAAAGUGUAUUAUAAAAUAAAACCUACGUUUUUAGUAGUUGUUUUUGGUGUUUUGGUUGGUAACAACCUAUUACAAAAUAAAAUAAAAAUUAAAAAAAGAACGCAAAAGUUGUAAUGUUUUAGAAAUAAACUUGGAAAGAUUCAUAAGAUACAGAAAACAGUUUAAUUUUUUUAGAUACUUACUCUAAAUCAUCAUUCAAAACAGUACAACUUUUGUAUUCUUUUUUUGUAUUAUUGUUAUGUAAUAGGUUGUUAUAGAAUAGAAUAGAAUAGAAUAUAUCUUUAUUUGUCCACACACGAGUAAUAAAAUAAAAUAAACAAACAGAACACACAAAUAUCUGGUCGUGGACAAAAAAGGUAUCCACCUCAGCACGAUGCCACAGCGAGCUGUGGCGCUGGUUUUCAGGUGAAACCUUGUGAGUUCACGGACGUGUCUACGUGACGUGUCUUAACUUAAAACUUAUACAUGAAUACAAAGUAAAAUAACAUAAUGAAACAAGAACGAACAGAGUAAUAAAAUAACAAAAUUAACAUUUAUGGGAAACUAAAAUUAACAAGGAAAAUCAAACAAUAAUUAAUACGAGUCAACCUGUAAAAUGAACGAUCUGCCGCCACCACAGUGUUGUAGUAAGGAGAAAAGGAAUUAGUACUAGGGGUUAUUUGUUUGCUGAUCCAAUAAUAAAAGAGCUUUAUAUUUAGUCUUAAAUAACCCAAUAGUACGUAUAUCUCGCAUUGGUGGAGGUAAGUCAUUCCAACACUUAGUGGCGGCAAAUUUGAAACUACCACGAAACACAGCGCUUUUGUGAUCAACCUAAAAACACCAAAAAAUAGUUUGAAAAAGUAACUACCUAUUUCUUAAUCAAUACCAAGCUCAGGUUGCAUGGAGUACUGCUCCCAUUUAUUGGAUGGAUCAGCCAAAUACCAGCUUGCUGCUUUAGACUCUGUUACAGUAUUUUUACUGUGACUCUGUGGAUCGCCUUGUUAGAAGGCUCAUCGGUAACGAGGCGUUAACUAGUGUUAAAUUGCAAUCGUUGUAGCAUCGCCGAAAGAUUGCUUGUCUGUCAGUUUUUUACAGGAUUUAUUUUGGUGAGUCCGCCAAGGAACUAUCCGAUCUAGUCUUCCAGUCAAAAGUGAAUAGGCAUCUUCUAAGCAAGCGCGUUCCAUCAUAGGCUGCAUCAUCGCUUACUGUCAAGCAUGAUUGCAGCAAAGCGCUCGCCUAUAUAAUGUAAGAAAAAUAAUAAAAUGUCUUUCUAGUGGUAAAACAUUUUUCUAAUUUGAUUCAGUAGAUCCAGAGAUUACCCCUAAAACACCACAAACUUAACUCUCUACUCUUCAUAAUAUUGAGUAAGUAUAGAUUAAAUUACUCUAUUGAGGCGGCAUAGACUGCAUGGUAUGUUAUACGGGCGCUGCUUGUUCCAUUACAUUGCCGGCUGUUUUUUGUUUUUAAUGAACGACAAGUUGGCCCUUGACUGCUAUCUCAUUAAUCUACGAUGCAGUCUAAGAUGCGGUAUGCCCGUUACCAUCUUACCACCUUACACGAGGUAUAAGUUUAUUCUAUCGGAACGCGAAAUUACUUGGUCGUACGUCUUUGCCGAUAAAAAACAAGGUUAAUGUCAAAAUUCAUUUAUUUCAAUUAGGCAUAGUUUAUAAAUAUAUAGUUUAAAAUUAAAGUUACAGGGUUACAAAUGCGCCUUGGUCCUAGAAGAGCCUACAACAAACUCGUCCAGGGUUUAUUUUUGGAUAAGUUUUAACAAACUACAGCCGAUACCUAUCACUAGACUAGAUCUGAGCCUAUUUAGAAAAUAUAAAAUCCUAAACUGACCAGAGCUAAAAAUUAAACCCAGAUCCUCUUUGUUGAGAACCACAGCACCAAUGGGAGAGUUUGAUUAAGCAUACCUAAACUUCUUAAGUCAUGCUUCGCGUAUCCUUGUUAUGAACAUUAUGUUUAUCUAGCCCUCAAACAAAAAUAAUGGUAAUCGACAUUUGACAGGUGAACAUUGUUUUUUUUAAACCGAUAAGAUAUCCAAUCCGCUCAACAAAAACAGAAACGCUUAUCAAAUCGUCACAAUAUUUUCACGGCAGCGGCGGCAAAAUGAGUUUCGCCGCCCGGUUUAUUUUAUAUUAUUUUAUUAUAUUUGUAAGUGAAGCCAGAGUUCAAGAAUAUAGUCCUGUCUGUAGAGGUUUACUAAGUGAAGAACUAAUAAAGGAGAUAGGAUCAUACAGACAUGUAAAAGAUGAAAUAUUUAGAUAUGUUUUGGAUGGUGAUUUCAAAAGAAGAACUUACGAUGAAUUGGCAAAGUUUGUAGAUAUAUUUGGAGGUCGUCCAUCUGGAUCUAAAGUUCUUGAAGACUCAAUUGAUUACAUGAUUCAGCUAACACAACAGGAGGGUAUACAAGAUAUCGUUACAGAAGAUGUUGAGGUACCCCAUUGGGUUAGAGAAACGGAAAAACUGACAAUGGUUCAACCGAGAAUAAAGAAUAUUUCAAUAUUAGGUCUUGGGAAAAGUGUAAGUACUCCAUCAAAUGGACUAUCAGCAGAAGUAAUAGUUGUGCGCAACUUCGACGAAUUAGAAAAAAUACCGGAUAAAGAUGUUGAAGGAAAAAUAGUACUAUUCGAUCCCAAGUUUACAAGUUACAGCGAAACUGUUGUAUAUCGAUCUCAAGGUGCUGUGAAAGCUGGAGCAAAAGGAGCUGUUGCAUCUUUGGUAAGGUCUAUUGCUCCGUUUUCAAUUAACUCACCACAUACUGGAAAUCAAAAUUAUGAAGAUAAAGUGAAGAAGAUACCUACAGCUGCGAUAUCACUCGAAGAUGCGGAUUUGAUCAGAAGAAUUUAUGAUAGAAAAGAAAAAGUCGUCCUUAAUAUAACAAUGUCAUCAACAUAUGACACGAAAAUUUCAAGAAAUACUCUUAUAGAUCUCAAAGGAACAAAUUAUCCUGAGCAAUUGGUAAUUGUCUCUGGUCAUAUAGAUAGCUGGGAUGUUGGUCAAGGUGCGAUGGACGAUGGUGGCGGUCUUUUUAUUAGUUGGGCAGCACCUUUAAUAUUAAAACGACUAAAUUUGAGGCCGAAAAGGACUCUUAGAUCUAUUUUUUGGACUGCUGAGGAGCUAGGUCUUGUAGGUGCCUAUGCAUACGAAGAAAAGCAUAGAGACAAAAAUCACAAUAUAAAUUUUAUCAUGGAAGCAGAUGGAGAAGGCACGUUUGCUCCGCGUGGUUUAGUAGUCGGCGGUACUUCAAAAGCACGUUGUAUAGUAGCAGAAGUUUUAAAACUUUUCGAGUCUGUGAAUGCAACAACUUUAGUAGAAUCAAAUAGUUUUGGAACAGAUAUAGAUGUUUUUAUUAAAAAAGGUAUUCCAGGAGCUACUUUGCAUACUUCGAAUGAGAGGUAUUACUGGUUCCACCAUACUGCAGGAGAUACUAUGAAUGUUGAAGACCCUGAUGAACUUGACCUAUGUACCGCCUUUUGGACCUCUGUGGCGUAUAUUGUAGCUGAUAUUUCUGCUGACAUUCCUCGAUAACAUUAUAUUCUGGUAAUUGUUAUUAUGUGUCAGGUAAGUUUAUAUCAUAAACAAUUUUAAUGUGAAGUUAAAAAUAAAAAAACUAUCGUUUACUUUUGUGAAGUAGUACCUAAUUAUACAUUUUUAGUGCAUGCAAAUGCAUCGCAAGAGUUUGUGGUAGUUUAAUAAUGUGAUAGGGUAGUUGACAUACAAAUUCAAACAAUAUUAAUUUCGCUUAGUACAUGGAAUAAGGGUCCGAAAUAUUCUAUCGAUAUUAAUUUAUAAAAGCUAACGAUUUCUUAUAAAACUUAAUUUAAAAGUCAUGUAUGUUUUCCAAUUUUCCAAACGUCAAAAACGCUAUCGUUCAUAUUGUGACGUCACAAGGUUACUUGAUGUAGUAAACAUAAAACUAAUUCAUAACUAAUAUUUUUGUCAAACGCUCCGUUUCUAAGAGAUUUGUUAUAGUGACGUCAUGAAACAUUUGAAAUAUAACCAUCAUGGCCGACAGGCGUUUUGGUUUGUCGUUUAUUGUUAUAAACAUAUUUAAAAACUAAAAUUUUUAUGUAAUCACGGCUUAGAAAAUAUGAAAAAUGUUUUUUAAUCUAAUGAUCAUUUAAAAAAAGUGUCAACUAGCUUAUUACGUCAAACCAGGGGGUGUCUGCUAGUUUAUGUAUUAUAUUAUGUAAUAAAGACUUAUCUAAAUAUUCAAUGCGAAAAUGGCGGUCUCAUUGCUAAUGAGAUAAUUCGAAACCAAUCGAAAUCGAGACCAAUUUUAAUAAUUUAGAAGAUCAAUAAGGAUAAUUAUUAAGAUCAAUAGUAAUUACAAGAAGGUGAAGUUUUCACCACAAGGAUGUACCUACCUACGUUAGAUUAAAUAGGCAUUUUUGUUGUACAAAAUAUUUUAUUACGUAAUACUUUCAUCACUAUUUAAAAUUAUGUUUAAAACUAUUAAUUUUAUUUUUCUUCAUAGUCAGUUUUUUCCUCUUGCAGUUUUAGUGUAUAAAAUUGUUAAAUAAAUAAUUGUUGUUAUUAAUACUUGUGAAACUGAUUAUUAUUGGGUAUGAAACCCAUAGUUCCUUGUCCAAUAAAAUCAUCCAUAGACGACAUUGUAGUUAUGGUCGCCAUUUCCGAUAUUGUUGGUUGUGCCACCGCAUCCCCCGGUAGCACAUCCGCCUCCACCGUAUCCACCCCAACUUCCACCACUGUAGCCUCCUCCAUAACCGCCUCCGUAACCACCUCCGUAACCACCUCCGUAACCACCUCCGUAACCACCGCCGUAACCUCCCCCGUAACCACCGCUGUAACCACCACCGUUACCACCGCACGGGUUACCACCACUGUAACAAACGAAAGAGUUGUAGUGCUAGUUUCAAAAGAGUUGAACAUGAUUAUACUCGUACAACCAACUGUCAAUUUUCUUGCCGACUCUUCUCAGUAAAACUUGUUAUAUGAACCGGUGGUAAAGUUUUUACAAAUAUCUACCAAUUAGUCAUUUCAAAAAUAACCUACAUUUGAUGAAUUUUGAUAUUUGAACCGCGGGCGAUAGGUACUGGACACGACUAGGUAAGUAUGCAUUCUUCAUUUUAAAGGCUUAGAUAAUUUACUUUAUCUAAUUUUAUUUUUGUAAUUUUUUAAAAGAAUAUUUGCCUUAAAGUCGUCUUUUAAAUAUGACCAAUAUUCCCAAUUGCUACUGCAAAGAGUCAUUUUAAUAUAUAAAAAAAACCACAAAAAAAUUUCUACUAAACUAAACAGCGAAAAGGACCAUCGUAUGUGCUACCUUCUGAUCUCUUUAAAGGCGGUGCCAAGCACGUGGCGU